AUGGACCUCCAGGAGACUCAGAGACUUACUCUUGAAUACCUCCAUAUCCUGGCCGACCAAUUUCAGCGUGUCCCCGGCUCAGCUAUCUUCCUCCGCUACAUCAAGUCGAGCUAUCAGAAUGACCCAGUCCGUUCGGCCGUGGAGCUUUUUCUUUUCCUGUUCGCAGUGAGAUAUCUUCUUGCGCCAAAGUAUUCUACAAAGCGUGAUUUUGUUCCUCUUUCGGAGGAGGAAAUUGAUGACCUGGUAGAUGACUGGACACCUGAGCCACUUGUAUCAAGUUCAACAACGCAAGAUGAAGAGGAUAUCGAGAAACGGGUGGUGCUUACUGGUCCUACCGGCCCUAAAUCCAAACUCGCCAACGGACGAACUGUCACAAAUCUUGGAUCCUAUAACUUCUACAACUUCGUUGCGAAUGACACCUUGAAAGAGAAAGCUAUUCAGACGGUUCGCACUUACGGAGUUGGGCCCUGUGGUCCCCCCGGAUUCUAUGGAACACAAGACGUGCAUAUGCGGACUGAGGCGGAUGUUGCUACCUUUCUCGGUACUCCGGCUUGUAUCAUCUAUUCUCAGGCCUUCUCGACAAUCUCCAGUGUGAUUCCGGCAUUUUCAAAGCGUGGUGAUAUUAUAGUUGUUGACAAAGGAGUUAACCACGCUAUCCGAAAAGGUAUCCAGAUCUCGAGAAGCACGGUCCGAUGGUUCGAGCAUAAUGAUAUGAAUGAUCUUGAACGCGUCCUGAGCAAGAUUACAAAGGAACAGGCAAAGAAGCCAUUGACAAGGAGAUUUAUUAUCACAGAAGGGUUGUUUCAGGAUAGAGGCGACAUGUGUGAUUUACCCAAGAUAGUCGAAUUGAAACUUCGAUAUAAGUUUAGACUCAUUCUCGACGAGAGUGUCUCCUUUGGUGUGCUAGGUCGAACUGGCCGUGGUAUCACUGAACACCAAAACGUCGAUCCAGCGGAAGCCGAUAUGAUCAUCGGUUCGCUGGCUGGAGUAUUUAUCGGCGGCGGUGGUUUCUGCGCUGGCUCUAAAGAAAUCGUCAACCAUCAACGCAUAUCGGCCUCUGCUUACUGUUUCUCUGCUGCCCUAACGGCCCUGCUAGCCACGACAGCAAGUGAGACUAUUUCCCUGCUGCACAAUAGCCCCGAGCUCAUCACUCAGCUCCGGGAGAAUAUCAAGGCUAUGUGGGCUCAGCUUGAUCCUCGAAGCGAUUGGGUAUACUGCACCAGUGCUCCAGAGAACCCCGUUAUGAUGCUCGUGCUGAAGCCUGAAGUUGUCUCGUCAAAACGUCUGUCCAUCGAGGAUCAGCACCACAUCUUACAAGACAUCAUCGAUGAGGCGCUAGCCAAUGGAGUACUCAUUACCCGACUUAAACCCGUCCCCGAUGAGACCAUCUCGAAACAGACAUAUGCCCCUGCCCCCCCUGCUCUCAAGGUCUGUCUUACCACCGGCCUGUCCAAGAAGGAGGUCGAGAAAGCCGGUAUCAUCAUCCGUCAUGCCAUCACGAAGAUUCUCCGACAGAGACGCUGA